AUGGCAGGCCAAGGUUUCCAUGCUAGAUCAAACAGCUUGCCAGCAAGAUCCCACCCCAUGAUAGCCACAGCAGAGGAAGAGCUGAACAAGCUAAAAGCUUGUGCCAUGGUGUCACCAAAGAUGAUCUGCAAAUCAUUGAGCAGUCUUGGUGUCUUCUAUGACUGCAUUGAAGGCCUUCUUCACUUGCCUGGCAACCAACAGGUCCUCUCUCAUUCACAGGAGAAGAAGUGGGUGGAAGAGGAGUUGGAUGCUUCUCUAAGGUUGGUAGAGCUCUGUGACAUCAUAAGAGACACCUUAACUGUGACCAAAGAACAUGCACAAGAACUUGAGAUUGUUCUAAGAAGGAAAAGAAAUAUGAAUACUGGAAACAAACCGCAGCUCGUCCACAUUCAGUCAGCUAAGAAGACAGACAAGAGUAUCAAGAGUUGUCUAAAAGCAUUGAAGAAAAUUGAUGGGAACGACUCUGAUAGAUCAACAGUAUGCAAGAUGCUUAAUGAAGCUAGAGAAGUCACCAUUUAUCUCUUACAAUCAGUUGCAUCUUCUUUAUCUCCAAGCUCAGCACAGAAGACUAGCAAGUGGUCUGUUGUCUCAAAGGCAUUGCACAAAAAGAAGAUAUUGAUGGUUUGA